AUGGAAGUCGAUCAUGAGGAAUACGAAGGUCGAUGAAUACACCUUGGUUUUGAACUCAAAUAAUAAUGAUUGCUAUGAUAGAUGCUAUGAACAAAAAUGUGGGCCACCGGCUGGCCACGGGAGUUUAACAAAUCAGUACUGUUGGGCGCCGGGUAAUUCAAGCAACACCGAUUGUCAAGCAUUGUGUGACAUGAAGUGUGGUGACUCAGGUUGUGUAAAUGGAGGUCUCAAGGAUAAGAGCACCUCAUGUUGCAACAAGCAAUGUCUUGGAGGAUGUACCAAAUCAGACUCGCCACACGACUGUAAUGCUUGCAGAAAUUUCCGUAUGCCAAAUGGGGAAUGUGUUGAUAAUUGUGGGCCUAGCCUGUAUGAGAUUGAUGAGUUCAAAUGUGUGAAGACCUGCCCAAGGAAAUACUUGAAACUUGGAAUGAAGUGUGUGAUAGUCUGCCCAGCUGGCUAUAAACAAGGAGAAAACGAAACAUGUGUGAAAUGUGCCGCUGAAAAAUGCCCAAGGGUUUGUAAGACCAAAGAAUCGGACAAACCAACUGACCAUGAAUAUUAUAAAGUACCAAUUGAUUCUCUGGAGACUCUCAAUAAAUACAAAGGCUGCACAGAAAUUUAUGGAAACCUAAUCAUUAAGAUAAGAGGAGGUGGUGGUGGCUCAGGUAUUGGAACUCAGCUGGAGGAGAAUUUGGGGCAAAUUGAAAAAGUGAAUGGCUACAUUGUGAUCAGAGAGUCGGCAUCUCUAACAUCUUUGAACUUUUUGAAGAAUCUUCAGGAAAUUCGUCCCAAAACAAAAUUUUCUUUUCUAAGGCAACCCUUUGUAAGGAUGGCAGAUUUAUACAAUGAGAGGUAUGCCUUGGCCAUCCGUGAUAACCCUAAGCUGGAGGCAUUGUGGCCAUUUCAACAGAAUCUAACAAUCAGUGAAGGAGGAAUCAUGGUGCACUUAAAUCCGUACCUAUGUCCAAGCAAGGUUAAUCCACUGAUCGAUGAUAUUCUGAAGUGGAAUAGAAAUGACAGUAAAAGAGUUCUUGACAUCUCAGACACUACCAAUGGAAACGCUGUAGCAUGUAAUGUUCGUAAGAUAAAUGUGACGUUAGAAGAAAUUAAACGCCCUCCUGGACGUAUGAGGUGUAACCAAGUUUGUGUAAAAGUGGAAUGGGACGAGGCUAUUAUCGACGGUGAUUACAGAAAUGUUUUGUUUUACACUGUAUCAUACAGAGAAGCCCCAAACAGACAAAUCACGGAAUAUACAGAUGUGGAUGCUUGUAGCAGCGAUAGCGGAGACAUUUGGACACGAGAGGAUCAUACAGUUUCGCCCCCAGAAGUAAAUGUUUCUAAUGUGAGAGGCUUGGCACCAAAACUUCGGAAGAUUACAAAGUACUUUGUAAAGCUGAAGCCGUUUCAACUGUAUGCCUUUCAAGUUGAGGCUGUUGUACUGAAAAACGAAGGCGCCAAGAGUGACUUGGCUUUUGUUAUGACAAAUGAGAGCAAGCCUUCCCAGCCGGUCGGUCUUGAGGCGAACUACAUCAGCUCUUCUGCAUUACUUGUUACGUGGGAACCUCCGUUGUUUCCAAAUGGGAACAUAACCAAGUACAUCGUGACUUACGAAAUAAGUACAUACUCUGCCUGGAAUGCCAAUUUAGAUUGGUGCAGUCGACAGGUGUUCGGUAACGGACUUGGAGGCGAUAACAAUGGAGAGGGGAGCACAGAUAACACUCCUCAUGGAAACUGCGUCACAAAUUUAACUUGUAACUGUGACGAUGAGGAGAAAGAAAAAUUGAAACCAGAAAAACAAUCAGCUUUAUUCGCCAAGGAGUUUCAAGACCUCUUGUACAAGACACUUUUCACGAAAGAGGAAGAUGACAACGAACCUCCAACAAACAAAACUGUGAUAGCGACGACCACGCCUGCCACAGGCUUAAACCAUACGAACUGCAGGAAUGAUUCCCAGAAUCCCAUGUGUCAGCCGACAUCAGCACCAUCUGGUAAAAAGACAACAUCAUCCAAGUUGUCUUCCACAUCAGCCAAACCAACUUCCGUGAGACCCACAGUCCCAACGACCAAGCCUAAUGCUUCUCUCACCGUGGAUGGCAACAUUAAUAGAGUCCCUUUAUCAAACCUGAGGCACUUCUCUGACUAUACCAUCACUGUCUGUGCGUGUACAAAGGUUGGAUGUGCAACUGACUCUUCUUGUGCUACCACAAAGGGAAUGACAAACAAAAAAGAAACAGCCGACGAUCUUGGAGGACCCCUCAAAUUAAAAAUGAACAACGAAACUAAAACAGCUUGGCUAUCAUGGCUUGCCCCAAAGGAUCCAAAUGGAGUGGUGCUCAAAUAUGAUAUAAAGUUAACAGAGCCGGACUCUCAGAUUAAGGAGAGGUGUGCCAGUAGCAAAGAGUUAACGCACAAAUGGAAAGUAGGAGUAAGUGGAAACUAUUCUGCCCAAGUGAGAGCUAUUACCUCGUCCGGCAACGGAUCGUGGAGUAACGCUGUAUCUUUCUCGUAUUUCAUUGAACCGGAGCUCACAGAUACACCCAUCGGGGAAAAAGAUGCUUUGUCCCUAGGAAACAUAGUGGGGGCCAGCUUGGCUGCGAGUGUCGUGUUCGUGUUAGCGUGCGGUUUUGUUGUGUGGUACAUUGCUCGUCAGAGAUACAAGAGGUAUAGCGAUGAACAGAUUCCAGGUGUACUUUAUGCUUCUGUUAAUCCCGAGUACAUGACGUCAACUGACGUGUACAUUCCUGAUGAAUGGGAAUUCCCACGAGAGAAGAUCAAACUGGUUCGUGAAUUAGGAAAUGGUUCCUUUGGAAUGGUCUACGAAGGAGAGGCUGAAGAUAUUACCCCUGGUGAUCGCAUGCGCAGAGUGGCGGUCAAGACUGUAAGUGAAAACGCGUCGAUUCGAGACAGGGUGGAAUUUCUUCAAGAGGCGUCUGUUAUGAAACAAUUCUGUGGUAACCACGUGGUAAGGUUAUUGGGUGUGGUCUCAGAAGGACAACCUACUCUUGUUAUUAUGGAGCUAAUGGAGUUGGGAGAUCUUAAGAACUUCUUACGGUCUCGUCGGCCUGGGGAAGGAACUCUACCACCUCCAACGCUUCAAGAACUUCUCCAAAUGGCUGGAGAGAUUGCCGAUGGAAUGGCGUAUCUUGCGGCUAGAAAAUAUGUGCACAGAGAUCUCGCGGCACGAAACUGCAUGGUGAACGCAGAUUUCACUGUUAAAAUAGGAGAUUUUGGAAUGACCCGUGAUAUUUACGAAACGGACUACUACAGAAAAGGAGGAAAAGGUUUGCUUCCUGUGCGGUGGAUGGCGCCGGAGUCUUUAAAAGAUGGCGUCUUUACAAGUUAUAGCGACGUUUGGUCAUUUGGCGUGGUGAUGUGGGAGAUGGCUACUUUGGCAGCCCAACCUUAUCCUGGAAAGUCCAAUGAAGAAGUUCUUAAAUAUGUAGUGGACGGGGAAGUGAUGGAGAAACCCGAGGAAUGCCCUGAUAGGCUCUAUGAGAUGAUGACUCUUUGCUGGCAGUUUACUCCCAAAGCCCGACCGACUUUUGUGUAUCUUAUUAGUAUGCUUGAGAACGACUUGUCUGAAGACUUUCGACAUCUCUCUUUUUACCACACUCUCCCAGAAGACCAGCUAAAAGGACUAUUGAGCAGUCAUUACAAACACAAGAACAGAGCUGAAACAACGGACUCUACAACCAAUGUUGAUUCGGCAGCUUGAGGUGUCAAAGGAUUUUUAGUGCUGCCUUUUCGCCUUGGUUCGGUUUACUAGAACUGGACUUUCACCGUCAAAACCUUGUGCUAUAUCUAAGACCUACUACUCUUUCGAUAGGCGUUUUAUAAAUAGCGACGAAGUGUACUUAUGCAUCCACUGCCUCUGCCCCAUGGAAAAGUAUUUACGAGGAGUUUCCGGGAGUUUUUGACGUCAGAAUGUGUAAAUUUGACCUCCAAACUCCAGGAAAGUCUAGGAAAUAAGCUCUAAAUCCCUCGGGCAGUUAAAUUUUUACGACAACAUUCGUCGUUACCCAUAGGGAAUAAGUUAAAAAUGGAGACUAAUUUUUAUCCUAAGUAAAAGAAAAUGAAGAGAUGCUCGUAGCUAAGCGAUAGUCUGAUAAAUUGAUAUGCUGUCUAGAACAUUCUUAAGAAUUUAACGUUAGCUCUAAGAAAUUGUCAUACAAAGAAAAAGCUAUAUUAAAAUUAAAAGUAUCCAUCUUUGUA